UGCCUGAGUUACCUGCAGCUACACAGCCACCGCCUGGGGACAGGCCCUCCUGCCCUGGCCGCAACAGGGACGCCAUGGAGCGCUCCCUGCACCGCGUCUCCCUCGGGAGCCGGCGCGCCCACCCGAACUUGUCCUUCUAUCUCACCACCUUUGGUCAGCUGAAGCUGUCCAUUGAUGCCCAGGAUCGGGUUCUGCUGCUGCACAUUAUAGAAGGCAAAGGCCUGAUGAGCAAAGAGCCUGGCGCCUGUGAUCCCUACGUGAAGAUCUCUUUGAUCCCGGAAGACAAUCAGCAAUGCUGUCAGAAGACGCAGACCAUUCCAGACUGCAGAGACCCAGCUUUCCACGAGCACUUCUUCUUCCCUGUCCCAGAGGAGGGUGAUCAGAAGCGUCUUCUGGUGACCGUGUGGAACAGGGCCAGUGAGACCAGGCAGCAUGCACUCAUCGGCUGCAUGAGCUUCGGGGUGAGAUCCCUCUUGGCUCCGGACAAGGAGAUCAGUGGCUGGUAUUAUCUGCUAGGGGAGGACCUGGGCCGGACCAAGCACCUCAAGGUGGCUAGGCGGCGGCUCCAGCCCCUGAGAGAUAUGCUGUUGAGAAUGCCCGGAGUUGGGGACCCUGAGAGUGGGGAGAAACUCCAGAUCACUAUCCCGAGGGGCAAAGAUGGCUUUGGCUUCACCAUCUGCUGUGACUCUCCGGUCCGAGUCCAGGCUGUGGAUUCUGGGGGCCCAGCAGAGAGAGCAGGGCUGCAGCAGCUGGACACAGUGCUACAGCUGAAUGAGAGACCCGUGGAGCACUGGAAAUGUGUGGAGCUGGCGCAUGAGAUCCGGAGCUGUCCAAGUGAGAUCAUCCUGCUCGUGUGGCGCGUGGUCCCCCAGAUCAAGCCAGGGCCGGAUGGUGGAGUUUUGCGGCGGGCCUCCUGCAAGUCCACACAUGACCUCCUGUCACCCCCAAACAAGAGGGAGAAGAACUGUACCCAUGGGGCCCCGUCCCGUCCUGAGCAGCGCCACAGCUGCCAUCUGGUGUGUGACAGCUCUGAUAGGCUACUGCUUGGCGGCUGGGAACGCUACACUGAGGUGGGCAAGCACAGCGGCCAGCACACCCUGCCUGCACUGUCUCGGGCCACCACCCCCACCGACCCCAACUACAUCAUCUUGGCCCCGUUGAAUCCUGGAAGCCAGUUGCUGCGGCCUGUGUAUCAGGAGGAUGCCAUUCCUGAAGAACCAGGGACUACCACCAAAGGGAAAUCGUACACCGGCCUGGGCAAGAAGUCCCGGCUGAUGAAGACAGUGCAGACCGUGAAGAGCCACAGCAACUACCAAGAUUGCUCAGCCCUGAGACCACAUGUCCCACACUCGAGCUACGGCACCUACGUCACGCUGGCCCCCAAAGUCCUGGUGUUCCCUGUUUUUGUGCAGGAGUUAAUGUUUGAAACGGACUGA